AUGGCGGUGGCGCCGCCGCCCCUCACGGAGGGGCUGCUGGCGACGUUGAAGGGUCUCGUCGAGCUGGGCGACCGAUUCGGGCCCAGCAAGGACGUCCCCAUCGCAGAACAGAUGAAGUCGCUGGCGAGCCGCAUGCUCGACCAUCCCAGCAUCGAGCACGAAAGGCUCGCCGAGCUCUUCAUCGACUGCGUGUCCGAGCUGAGUCCGAAAACGACCGUCUACGUCUCGCUGCUCGCGCACGUCAUUCGGUCCGGGGGCGUGCCGAUCGGGCAGGCCGUGAUCCGGCAAUGCGCCGCGUCGCUCGAAGACUCCCUCAGGGACGGACGUCACCAGUCCGCAGUCCCGGUGCUGCGGCUGCUGUGCGCGAUGACUGACGCAAAGGUUCUCAGCUCCGCCACCGCCAGCCGCGUCCUCCAGUCGCUCCUCACGGCCGCGAUCAAGUGCGCGCGGUCGAGCAUAGAGCAGCGGCGCCCGGCGCCCGCCUGGCAACUCUACAGCGACUCCCUGGCCACCGCCUCGCUGUCCUGCCUGCCCUACUGCCGCCAGGCGAUGGCUGCGUCGGAGCCAAAGGAUGUCGCGGCCGUGCUCGACCUGGCCAAGGAGUACAUGACGCUGCGCGCGACGCCCCGCUGCGACCUGCGCUUUUCGCCAACUGUGCCCGCCGAGGCCGGCGACGCGCCCCCGCCGGACAGCGGCGCGGCGAGCCACCUGACGGCACUCUGGGACGCGCUCCAGGAGUGCGAGGCCGACGGCGGGGCGCGCUGGCCGGAGCUGGUGGUAGUGCGCCCGCCAGACGCGGUGUGUGCGUGGCGCAAGGAGGCGGGCGUCGACGUGGACGAGCCGCUGCAGGGCUGGGCGCGGCCGCUGGACGAAUCCGGCCUGCAGAUCACGGUGCCGUGGAUUGUGCCGGGUAUCUCGGACGCGGGGUCGCCCGCGGAGGUGGCUGCGCGGGUGCUGGCGCAGUAUGGUCCCCGGGGGGGUAUCAACUUGCUGCCGCGGGACGCGGUGAACGGCGGGGCGCCGAACCUGGAGCGCAUCAUGACGGACGAUCUCAUCAUCGAGACGCUCGUGCAGCUGCACGGUCAAAGGGUGCUGUGCGUGAAGCGGCUGGCGACGAUCAACACGAAGCUCAACCUGGGCAUGGUGCUGGCCGAGACGCUCUUUGGGCAGCUGCUGCGGCUCCCUGCGCCGCGGCACCGGCCCAUCGCGUACUUCAACAUCAUGACCGACCUCGCGGGGCUGAAGAACGUGAGCUUCGCGCGCCCGAUGUCGGGCUGCAUGAAGGAGCUCUUCCGUCUGUCAGGCGUGCUCCUGCCGGACGUGUUCGCCCGCGUGGGGGAGUAUUUGGCCUACCACCUGUGUACCCACGGGAUGUUUUGGCCGUGGGAGCGCUGGGCGCACGUCGUGGACGCCCCCGCGCACGACCCGCAGCGGCGCUUCUGCCAGCACGUGCUGUUCCGGCUGCUGCGCGCGUCCUACCACUCGAAGGUCAAGGAGACGCUGCCGGAGAGCAUGCACGUGUUGCUGCAGCCCGAGCCCGCGGCGCAGAUGCUGCCCCCGGAAGCGGACGACGAUGCCGCCGCCGUGCGACGGACGCGCGAUCUGCUGCCGAAGCUCAAGGCCAAGGCGUCGACGGAGGAGGUGAAGGCGUGGGUUGAAGCGGAGGGGGUGUUGCAGGACGUGGGGGGGGUGUCGGCGCUGGUGGGGGUCGUGGCGCGGGCGGUGCUCUUGGCGGGCGCGAAGAGCUUCGCGCACACGCUCGCGAUGCUGGAGCGCUACACGGAGGUGCUGGAGGGCCUGAUCAUGAACGCGGGAGAGCCAGGGCGGGUGGCGGCGGUGCAGGCGGCGGCGGCGGUGUGGGCGGGGCACCGGCAGCGGUUCGCGAUGGUCGUCGGGAAGGCGAUGUCGAUGCGACUGGUCACGCCGGAGACGCUCAUCACGUGGGCUGCGGCCGAGGACGGCCUGGUCGCAAUUGAGGAUGAGGUGGCGUUCGUGUCGACGUGGGAGGUGUUUUGCAUGGGGGUGUCUCGGGCGAUCUCGCGCGAGUCCGACGCGCGCGGGGAGCUCGCGGCGGCGAAGGCGGAGCUUGCGGCCGCGCAGAUGCGCCUCCAGGGCGCGCAGAGGGCCGCCGAGGACGCGGGUGCUGCGAAGGAGGAGGCUGCGAAGGACCCCCCCCCUGACAAGAUGGACGAGGACACGGGGGGGCCGGGACCGGGCGGGGCGCCGGACGACAAGGCUGGAAACGCGGUCGAGGAGGCGGCGAGGGCCGUCGAGAAAGCCAAGGAGGAGCUCGAGGCCGCGGAGGUCACGGCGCAAGAAGCGGCGGAGGAGGAGCGCCGCGCACUGUUGUUGGCCGUGCGCUCCUUGGCCGGACUGCUGCCGGACCCGCUGCCUGCGAUGCCGUCGGCGCACGAUCUCCGCCCGGCGCGCGUCGUCGCGGACGAGAAAGCCGCCGCCGCGGCGGCGGAGGGCCGCACGGAGGAGGGCAGCGGCGCCAUGGCUGUGGACGGCGAGGCGGAGCCCGCGGGCAUCUCCGGCAAGGAGAGGUCCGCGCGGGUGGCGCGGCAGGUGCUGCUGUGUCUGGCGUCGCUCGUGUCGCUGCACUACGCUCGGUUCGCGCCGCUCGCCGUGGACGUGAAGGGUCUGCUGGCGAAGAAGCCUGACGCAGUGCGGGGAGCGGUUCUGGGGGUGUUUGCGGGCGCGCAGUAG